GACAAGAAUUAAAAGUCGGCUAGAUUGGUGUGUCCGAAGAACAGGCAGAUCCAUGGUGAUGUAGUUGUUUUACUUUUCAUUCCUAACAUGGCAGCUAUUGGACCACGUCCUUUUUAAUCCCGCUCUGUGGAUAUAUACGCCGGCUCCGGUGCAAACCCGGCUUUAUUCGUACUUGGCCACAGAGUUCCUCAGUGACACGCAAAUAUAUUCUAACGUAAGGAGAGUCUCCACAGUAUUGCAAACGGUGCACACGCUCAAGUACUAUUACUGGGUCGCCAAUCCUCGAGCGAAGAGUGGAAUCACUCCCAAGGGACUUGACGGACCGAGGCCGCAGCAGAAGGACAUUUUGACAAUACGUUCUUACAUUUUGUUAUUUCUGAAGCAAUUGAUCAUGAUAGGGAAUGGGGUGAAGGAUGACGAGCUGCAGAGUAUUUUGAAUUAUUUGACGACAAUACACGAGGAUGAAAAUUUACACGACGUUCUGCAAAUGCUUAUAUCUUUAAUGUCGGAGCAUCCCUCGUCCAUGGUGCCUGCUUUCGACGCGAAACAAGGCGUGAGGACGAUUUUUAAGUUGUUAGCUGCGGAGAGCCAAUUAAUACGUUUACAAGCCUUGAAAUUGUUGGGAUUCUUUUUAAGCCGCAGUACACACAAAAGGAAAUAUGACGUGAUGAGCCCUCACAAUCUCUACACGUUAUUGGCCGAAAGAUUAUUGUUGAACGAGGAAACAUUGUCAUUGCCUACCUACAACGUUUUGUACGAGAUCAUGACGGAGCACAUUAGCCAACAGAUCCUGUAUGCAAGGCAUCCCGAACCAGAAUCCCAUUAUCGGUUAGAAAAUCCAAUGAUCCUUAAGGUAGUAGCGACUCUGAUUCGACAAUCAAAACAAACGGAACAAUUGCUCGAAGUGAAGAAGCUGUUCCUCUCGGAUAUGACAUUGUUGUGCAACAACAAUCGAGAAAAUCGUCGAACUGUUCUACAGAUGUCUGUAUGGCAGGAGUGGCUUAUAGCCAUGGCGUACAUUCAUCCGAAGAACACGGAAGAGCAAAAAAUCUCGGACAUGGUGUACUCGUUGUUUCGCAUGCUUCUUCAUCAUGCCAUCAAACACGAGUACGGUGGAUGGCGCGUAUGGGUGGACACGCUGGCCAUCGUGCACUCCAAGGUAUCCUACGAGGAAUUUAAGCUUCAAUUUGCUCAGAUGUACGAGCAUUACGAAAGGCAAAGAUCGGAUAACAUCACGGAUCCCGAGCUGAGACAGCAAAGGCCGAUCAGUACCAUUUCUGGCUGGGAUCAGCAGCAUUCAGGGAAUAACGGUUACAACAAACCGUCACCCUGGAGCAAUCAACAGACUCACGAUGUACAACACGUGGAGAGGAAUUACAAGGAGUUCGACACAACGGAGGGCAACGACAGGCUGGAGGAGUCGUGCAGCUGCGACUUGAACUCGAUAGACAACACGGAGAGCGACGGGAGCCCGGCGAUCGUGAAGUCGCGAAGCGAGACGUUGGACACAGCGCAGUCGAGCGAGGCGAUAUCCCUGGACUCGAGGCUGAGCGACAAACCAGAGACACCGACGACAGCCCGAGAAAUUCACACGGACACGCCUACGAUCCUCGAGGAAGGGAACAGCGAGGCCGCCUCCAUCCCGACCACCCAAGAAACCAGCGAGGCGAUAUCGAUCGAGAGCUCGAGCGACUUCUACAGCGAGGUUCACAAGAUCGAGGGCUCGAGCCCGGAUUCCAUGGUGGUGCAAGACGUUCUGAAGAAAGACGACGAUCCUUCGGAGUCUAAGUCGCGCGACUUGGAACCUGUCUCUCGCCGACCGUCCCCCUCAGCUGAGAAGAAAGCGGAGGAGAGCGCGCAGCCGAAACAGGAGGAAGAGCGGUCGAAGGAAACGGCGGACGAAUCGAAUAUUGUUGCGACGUGUUCCGACGCGCAAAAGGAUCACGAAACCGAGGAAGCUGGAAAAGAGGAAGCUGAAGCGGAGCGGGUCGAAGGUGAAACGAUUGAGGCAAACGUCGAAGCUGGGACCGAGGUGGAAGCGGAUGGCGAGACGGAAGUCGAGGUUCCCUCGAGGGAGAGCUUGGAGGAGAUGUCGAGUUCGAAGGACGAGCUCGUCGAAGAGACUUCGACGGAGAUCGUUCUCGAGAAGGAAGAACAGGGAAGGGAGAAAAGCGUGGGGGACGUUGCCGCUUCGACGGAGCGAGUGCACGAUUCGGAGCACGCGGCGUCAUCCGUUCCCUCGAGCGGGACGCCGGAGCCAUUGAUCAUCAAGGAUAUCGAGAAGCUGCAAUUGGAGAACGAUCGCGAGGUGAUCGACAGUGAUACCUCGGAGGCGUAUUUAACACCGACCGAGAAUCAAGAUAAUCUGGGCGAUAUGAAAGCGAAGGAGGCGGAGAGGAUGGAGGAGAGCGGGGAGAAGGGGGCGGGGGAGAACGUCGAGGUGGAGGAGAAGAGCGGAAACGGGGACAGCGAGGUGAAAAAUUCCAAUUGCUCAACUAGCGUAAUAGAAAGUGACGUGAGAGCCGAGGAGGAGAAGAAGGUAGACGUAGAGGAGGAGGAGGAUACGGUGGAUACAGUAGUGACUAGUGAGUUAAGUAGUGAGAAAUGCGCCGUGGACUCUGUGAAAGAGGAGAAAAGUGCCGUUGUUAACGUUGAUGAUGAUGAUGAUGAUGAUGUUAACGGGGUGAAGGUUACUGACAAACAUUCAACAAGGGAGCCGUCCACUAUUUCUACUAACGUAAGUGAUAAUCAGUCAGACAUUCCAGUGAGAACCGAGAACGAGGUAGAAGUAAUAACAGAUAGUGUUUGUAGUAAUAGCGAUAUUCAAAGUUCUGUAGAUAAUGUGACGCAAGUGCCAAAUCCUAAACAGCAAAUUCCAACAAUAUCUACGGUCUGUGAUGCAAAUAAAAAUAUGCCCGACGGUGUGCCUCAAAUCGUUAGUUCUACGGUGGUUGCGAGGGAUAAUUCUUUGUUGAAUGAGUUAACUUCGGAUCACGUAGAUGCUCAUCGCAGAUCCAGCUUGCCGGCUGUGUCCUCCGAGACGACCACCGACGAUAACGUAAACGAACCUCCCUCCUUACCUGUCCCCUUGCGGAAAACAUCGUCACCUCAGAAACGACCAAGGAGUGCCUCAACGUCCACGCAAGUGGACCCCAAUCAUUUCGAAUCAAAACGAUCGAAGCAAGGUAAUCCUUCUACGAGACCAAUGUUCAGUCCAGGGCCGACUCGUCCUCCUUUCAGAAUACCAGAGUUCAAAUGGUCUUACAUACAUCAAAGAUUACUCUCGGAUGUUCUCUUUUCGUUAGAGACGGACAUUCAAGUUUGGAGAAGCCAUUCAACCAAGUCGGUGCUGGAUUUCGUGAACAGCAGCGAAAACGCAAUUUUUGUUGUUAAUACCGUUCACCUAAUUUCCCAACUGGCCGACAAUCUUAUUAUCGCCUGUGGAGGAUUGUUGCCGCUUCUAGCUUCGGCGACCUCGCCAAAUAGCGAAUUGGAUGUAAUUGAACCAACUCAGGGGAUGCCAAUUGAGGUAGCAGUUUCUUUUCUGCAAAGACUAGUCAACAUGGCUGAUGUACUUAUCUUCGCCAGCUCUUUAAAUUUCGGUGAACUGGAGGCUGAGAAGAAUAUGUCUAGUGGCGGUAUUCUAAGGCAGUGUUUAAGACUGGUCUGUACAUGUGCCGUUAGAAACUGCUUAGAGUGUAAAGAACGUGGCAGAUCGUACAGCAUGUUAGGUCGGCAGAUUGGUUCUAGUAAUAAAUCACAGCACAUACAGUCUCUUAUACGUGGAGCUCAAACAUCACCCAAGAACAUAGUGGAUAAUCUGGCACAUCAGUUAAGCCCUGUCAAAGAUCCUGAGAAAUUGCUGCAAGAUAUGGACGUGAACCGCUUAAGAGCUGUGAUAUACAGAGAUGUUGAAGAAACCAAGCAGGCCCAGUUUCUGUCCCUCGCUAUAGUUUACUUCAUCUCUGUACUGAUGGUAUCAAAAUAUCGUGAUAUAUUGGAACCACCAAUAUCCCAACGUCCACCAAGUCCAAUUCAAACAAUACAGACUAAUGGUGCUAGUUUAAGACCAGGUAGCCCUUCAGCAGAUGGGAAUGGUGGUGGAGGAGGGCGGCCCCUGUUUCCACAGUGGUCUCACCACGUGUACCCACAGUUCCUCCCGGGAUCUCACCCUAACGCCAAUGCGAAUGCCAAUGCCAAUGCCAACCACCACAUGAACCAGCACCACCACCAGCACCCGCUACCGGCUGCCAGGCACUCUAAUCGCCAGCCCCCCUCCAACUAUUACCUCCCGAAUCACCACAGUAAUCAUUACAACCAUCAUCCGAAUAACCAUAACUACCAUCGUCAUCAUCAUUACCAUCAUCACAAUAACAACAAUCAUCAUCAUACGCUUCAAAAACAUAUCGAUCAGCCCCGAAAUCUCUGUCAUAGAAACUCCGGUGUUGGUCUGCAAGGAAGCGGAGGUAUUAUGAGCCAAGCCGGUUCACAAGACGACGGUGAAUACGAGGUGAUAAUCGUGGACGAGAACAACUCGUCGAUCCUGGCGGAUCACGACGUUACAUCGUCGGGACCCCCAUCGACCAAGGGAGGUCACAGUGGUGUACCUCGGCCACGGACAAUUCUCGAGGAUUACACCUCGUCAGAACCAACGCUUGGCUCUUCGACAAGAUCCACUGAACCACUGCCACGAAAUGUCCAGAGUAACGACUCGAGCGAAGAAACGGUGCAUCGUAGCAAUAUUACCGCGGAUGUCAGUCCUUCCGAGGUUGCAACGGAUAACGAGAAUAAGCAUAAUUCCUCCGAGGAAGCAUGGACCGACGUAAAUUUGAACGAAGACGGAGACACGAUCCCGAUCACGAACCAAAGGGAAGACCCGCGAAACAUUCACAACAUGGCGCACUCUCGCGGUGAAAUUCAAGACAGCGAAGGGAACGUUCUGGAGCAAGGGAUGAUGGGGAACGCGGAACGCGGUGAGAAACCUUCCGGUGAGAUCUCGGUGGUUCGCGUGUCGGACAGAUUGGUGAUGACUUCCGCGUCGCCACGACCCGAUGAGUUACCGAUCAAGGGACUGGUCGAUCAUCUUCCGGUCCCGACACCCUCGCGCGAGGCCUCGCUCACGCAGAAACUGGAAAUGGCGCUUGGCUCCGUUUGCCCGCUUCUGCGCGAGAUCAUGGUCGAUUUUGCCCCUUUCCUCUCGAAAACGCUCGUCGGCUCUCAUGGGCAGGAAUUGCUGAUGGAAGGCAAAGGUAGGACUCGCCUAACCACGUUCAAAAACAGCAACUCGGUGGUGGAAUUGGUGAUGUUACUCUGCUCCCAAGAAUGGCAGAACUCGUUGCAGAAGCACGCGGGCCUUGCCUUCAUCGAGCUCAUUAACGAGGGAAGGUUACUGUCUCACGCGAUGAAGGAUCAUAUCGUAAGAGUGGCCAACGAGGCUGAAUUUAUCCUCAAUCGUAUGAGAGCGGACGAUGUGCUCAAACAUGCCGACUUCGAGUCGCAAUGCGCGCAAACAUUGCUCGACCGACGGGAAGAGGAAAGGAUGUGCGAUCAUCUGAUCACAGCCGCACGAAGACGGGAUAACGUUAUUGCUAGUAGAUUAUUGGAGAAGGUCCGUAAUAUUCUGUCCAACAAACAUGGCGCUUGGGGAUACAUGGAUCCAAUGGCUGCAAAGUUGGCCGAAUACUGGAAGCUAGAUGCUUGGGAGGAUGAUGCACGUAGACGUAAGCGUUUCGUGCACAAUCCACUAGGCUCGAGCCAUCCCGAAGCUACACUGAAGGCGGCCCUCGAACACGGUGCACCCGAGGAUGCGAUCCUUCAAGCGCGUGAAGAGUUUCACGCGCAUCUCGCAGCCUCGCGUGCACACCAGCAGCAAUUGCAGUCGGCGGAUCUGAUGGACGACAGUGAGCUGUUGUCGGACGACAGAGACCUCGAUAACGAUCUGACAGGCCCGGUGAACAUCAGCACGAAAGGAAAAUUGAUCGCGCCCGGUAUCGUGGCUCCUGGUAUUAUCUCUGUCACGUCCACGGAACUUUACUUCGAGGUGGACGAGGACGACCCAGAGUUCAAGAAGAUCGACAGCGAGGUGCUCAAGUACUGCGAUCAUCUGCACGGAAAAUGGUACUUCUCGGAGGUGCGCGCGAUAUUCUCGAGGCGAUAUCUGCUCCAGAACGUCGCCAUCGAGAUAUUCCUGGCCAGCCGAACCUCGAUCCUGUUCGCGUUCCCGGACCAGGCGACGGUGAAAAAGGUGAUCAAGGCGCUACCGCGGGUCGGCGUUGGCAUCAAAUACGGGAUUCCGCAGACUAGGAGAGCGUCAAUGAUGUCGCCCAGACAAUUAAUGAGAAGCUCCAAUAUGACGCAGAAAUGGCAACGAAGAGAAAUAUCGAAUUUCGAGUAUCUCAUGUUCUUGAAUACCAUUGCUGGACGAACUUACAACGAUUUGAACCAGUAUCCGGUGUUCCCUUGGGUGUUGACUAAUUACGAGACGAAGGAGCUCGAUCUCAGUCUGCCUAGCAACUAUCGUGAUUUAUCAAAGCCAAUUGGCGCGUUGAACCCAAGCAGAAGAGCUUACUUCGAGGAACGCUUUCAAAGUUGGGAGCACGACAGUAUACCGCCGUUCCACUACGGCACGCAUUAUUCUACAGCUGCUUUUGUCCUGAACUGGAUGAUACGCGUGGAGCCGAUGACAACGAUGUUCCUCGCGCUCCAAGGCGGGAAAUUCGAUCAUCCGAAUCGAUUGUUCUCCUCGAUCGCUCUCUCCUGGAAGAAUUGCCAACGCGACACCUCGGACGUCAAGGAGCUGAUUCCAGAGUUCUUCUUCCUACCGGAGAUGCUGGUGAACAGCAAUCGAUAUCGCUUGGGCAGACAAGAAGAUGGCAGCGUGGUCGGCGACGUUGAGUUACCCCCGUGGGCGUCGUCCCCGGAAGAAUUUAUACGAAUUAAUCGAAUGGCUCUCGAGUCGGAGUUCGUGUCCUGUCAAUUACACCAAUGGAUCGAUUUAAUAUUUGGCUACAAACAAAAAGGUCCGGAAGCGGUCCGUGCAACGAAUGUAUUCUACUACUUAACUUACGAGGGUAGCGUGGAUUUGGAUACGAUAACUGAUCCAGUUAUGAGGGAAGCCAUAGAAAAUCAAAUACGGAACUUCGGUCAAACACCCUCGCAACUUUUGAUGGAACCACACCCCCCGCGAAGCUCGGCGAUGCAUUUGAUUACCCCAAAGUUUGACAAGACGUUGCCACCCGUUUUGCAGUCGCCGAUGAUGUUCUCGAGUAUCCCAGACGACAUCUGCAUGACCAUCAAGUUCCCAUCCAACUCGCCGAUUUGUCACAUAUCGGCAAACACUUAUCCUCAACUACCUUUACCAUCCGUCGUUACAGUCACAACUGGACAGCAAUUCGCUGUCAACAGAUGGAACACGAAUUACGCGGCAUCUGUACAAUCGCCGAGUUACGCGGAUACUCCACAAGCGCAAGCUGCUAAUCAGCCAUUGUCUAUGGAUCCAGUUCUGUCUCAAGCAGCGAAUAGUUCGAACCCCACCCUACGUCGCCACUUGGGCGACAAUUUCAGUCAGAAGCUCAAGAUACGAAGUAAUUGCUUCGUCACCACUGUGGAUAGUAGAUUCUUGGUUGCCUGCGGUUUCUGGGACAACAGUUUCCGUGUAUUCUCCACCGAAACCGCAAAAAUUGUACAAAUAGUGUUCGGCCAUUACGGAGUCGUUACGUGUUUGUCACGCAGCGAGUGCAACAUCACUUCUGAUUGUUACAUAGCGUCGGGAAGUGCCGAUUGCACCGUUUUGUUGUGGCACUGGAAUGCCAGAACGCAGACGAUUGUCGGCGAGGGUGAAGCACCAGCGCCUAGAGCAACCCUUACAGGGCACGAGCAACCUGUAACCGCAGUUGUCAUUUCCGCUGAACUGGGCUUGGUCGUUUCUGGAUCCUAUUAUGGGCCAGUUCUCGUGCACACGACCUUUGGCGAUCUUCUGAGAUCGUUGGAAGCGCCGAAUGGAUUUUCCUUGCCGGAAAAUAUCGCCAUGUCAAGAGAAGGUGUUAUCGUCGUGAAUUACGAGCGUGGACACAUAGCGGCGUUCACUAUAAACGGGAAACGGCUUCGCCACGAGUCUCAUAACGAUAAUCUUCAAUGUCUACUUCUAAGCAGGGACGGCGAGUACUUAAUGACAGGUGGUGAUAAACGAAUCGUCGAAGUUUGGAGGACGUUCAAUCUUGCUCUCCUCUAUGCGUUCCCAGCUUGCGAAAGCAGUGUCCGUUCUCUGGCACUUUCGCACGAUCAAAAAUUCUUGUUGGCUGGCUUGGCAAACGGAUCGAUCGUGAUCUUCCAUAUCGAUUUCAACAGAUGGCACCACGAAUUCCAGCAACGCUACUGAGACUGCUUCGCGUACGUCUAGCAGAGUCGAACGAGGCACGAACGCUGUUCACCUGUCGUUCGUCUUCCUUGCGCAACAUCGACAGAUUUCUCUCGGUCAUGGACGCGUCGUAACGGUAACAUCCAUUUAAAAGUCAGGUCUCGCAACAUCCGAUCGCGUGUACAAUAUCAUUCAAACAGAUCUACGAUUCGAUCGUGACGUGUCGAAGAAAGGGAAAAAAAAAAAAAAGAACGCACCGAACGCAAUGAACAGCGAGGAUUGGACGCGCAAAAGCGUUUCGAAUGAGAGGCGAUGACGAACGGUCCGCUCUCGACGAGCGUUUACAGAUAGGAGCAACGAGCAACGACGCUUUCGUAAUCGUUUAUAACAAUCAAGUAGUGGGCGCAGAGAACAGUAGUCGCCGGUAUGCAGCAGGUAUACUCACUCAGAUAUAAUAUAAUAAAUAUUCAGCGUUUUAGCAAUAAAAACGGGGGAAAAAAAAUAAAAAUAAAAAUAAUAAUAAUAAUAAUAAUUAAUAAUUCGCUUUCUCGCGACUCUAUGGAGAGAAUAUUCGAGUGCUUCCGUGAGCGAUGACGCGCGAUGCAAGCGCGCUUGAAGGUAGAACGAAGUUUCGGGGGAACUGGCCAAGAUCCGCUCGUUCAUUGAGCGCGAUUCGAUGCUCGAGCUUUCUAGCGAAAAUGCGAGAAAACCGAGAGAGAGAAAGAGAGAGAGA